AUGUACCCCAACCAGAAGCCUUGGAUGAACCGGGAUGUUCGUCUCCUCCUGAAGGCCCGCAACACCUCCUUUAGGUCAGGAGAUUCACACGCCUACAGUACAGCCAGGGCUAAUCUAAAGAAGGGCAUCAAAAAAGCCAAACACCAUUACAAAAAGAAGGUAGAAGAACACUUCUCCAACUCCAACCCCCGACGCAUGUGGCAAGGACUCCAGACCAUCACAGACUACAGGACAACCAAACCCUCCCCCGCAUCCUCUGAUGUCUCCUUCCUCAACGAGCUCAACAACUUUUAUGCUCGUUUUGAGCGAGGGAACCCCACAACCACAACCAAAGCAGAUGUGACGCCAGACCACCAACCUCUGACUCUCUUCCCCACCGAUGUAGGAGCGGUGCUGAGCAGGAUCAAUGUCCACAAGGCUGCAGGUCCUGAUGGCAUCCCCGGGUGUGUUCUCAGAGCGUGUUCUGGGGAGCUUGCAGGAGUGCUGACAGACAUAUUCAACUUGUCCUUGGCCCACGCUGUGGUACCGGCCUGCUUCAGAUCCACCUCCAUCAUCCCGAUACCCAAAAACUCCAACCCAUCUUGCCUCAAUGACUACCGCCCAGUAGCCCUCACCCCCAUCAUCACUAAGUGCUUAGAGCAGCUGGUCCUAGCACACUUCAAAUCCUGUCUCCCCCCCCACCCUGGACCCCCACCAAUUCGCAUACCGCCAGAACAGGAGCACAGAGGAUUGCUCUCUGAGGACUGGGAUCGUGUUCACACUGAGGACGAGCUCUUCAGGAGUUUGUUUAGAGGCUACAGCAAGUGGACUCGACCGGCGAAGAACGUCACAGACGUGGUCAUCGUCAAGUUUGGCCUGUCCAUCGCCCAGCUUAUAGAUGUGGAUGAGAAAAAUCAGAUGAUGACAACCAACGUGUGGCUGAAACAGGAAUGGACGGAUUACAAGCUGCGGUGGAGUCCUUCUGAUUUCAACAAUGUGACGUCCAUCAGAGUCCCUUCUGAGCUCAUCUGGGUGCCCGACAUUGUGCUGUACAACAAUGCUGACGGGGAGUUCGCUGUCACCCACAUGACCAAGGCACAGCUGUUUUACACCGGUCGUAUCCGCUGGGUACCGCCCGCCAUCUACAAAUCCUCCUGCUCCAUCGACGUCACCUUCUUCCCCUUUGACCAGCAGAGCUGCAAGAUGAAGUUUGGAUCCUGGACGUAUGACCGUGCCAAGAUCGACCUGGAGCCCUUUGAGAACACCGUGGACCUGAAGGGCUACUGGGAGAGUGGAGAAUGGGCAAUUGUCAACGCUGUAGGAACCUACAAUACCAAGAAAUACGACUGCUGUCACGAGAUCUACCCCGACAUCACUUACUACUUCGUGAUCCGCCGCCUGCCGUUGUUCUACACCAUCAACCUCAUCAUCCCCUGCCUUCUCAUCUCCUGCCUGACCGUCCUGGUCUUCUACCUGCCAUCAGACUGCGGCGAGAAGAUCACGCUGUGCAUCUCCGUGCUGCUGUCGCUCACUGUCUUCCUGCUGCUCAUCACCGAGAUCAUCCCAUCCACAUCGCUAGUCAUCCCGCUGAUUGGGGAGUACCUGCUCUUCACUAUGAUCUUUGUCACGCUGUCAAUCAUCAUCACCGUGUUUGUUUUGAAUGUGCACCACCGAUCAUCAGAGACUCACACCAUGCCCCGGUGGGUUCGGAGGCUUUUCCUGUCUGUGGUGCCGCGCUGGCUCUGCAUGAAGCGCCCGCAUCAUGGACUCAGGCCUGCAAGGCAACACCACCUGAGCGAUAAACUCCUCCCUCUCCAGACUCCGGGGCCCUCCCACAGCAUCUGGAUCACUCAGGAGUCUGAUGUGGAUGCUGGAGAUGAAAUUAACCACUGGGACUUUCAUGGUUACUCAAACAUGGAGCAUUUGGAGAGGUUUGGGUCCCCAUCUUGUCUUUCUGCUCGGUCUCUGGGCUAUACACUCCUACCACAGACACGGUCCACUGUCAGCUUAGAGUGGGAUAGCCCUGUGGAGUGUGGUUCGACCCAGAACCAGUGGGACUCUUCUUUGUCUCCUGCUGUCAUAUCCGCCCUGGAGGGAGUAACGUACAUCGCUGAACACCUAAGAGCAGAAGAUGCAGACUUUUCGGUGAAGGAGGACUGGAAGUAUGUGGCCAUGGUCGUAGACCGGAUCUUCCUGUGGAUGUUCAUCAUAGUGUGUCUGCUGGGGACCGUUGGACUCUUUCUGCCUCCGUGGCUCUCUGGGAUGAUUUAAAACCAAGACUAGAUGUUAAAAACACUAAUAUAUUAUAUACAAAAGUGGAAGAGCAUGGUUAACUUUUAAAUUUGUUGCAACAGACGAGUCUAGGAAACUUAUU